GGUUAUUUUUUAAUUAAUAGAAGUUUCUGCGCUCGCUCAAUUCGUUAAUGGCGGCUUUUCGUCUGCUGUAUUUGAUUUGCGUCGGUUUGCUAUUUGGUGUGUGUUUUGGCGCCGACCCCUUCGCCAACUUCGAAUUGGAUAUCUCUUACAUCACUGCUUCUCCGCUUGGUGUUCCUCAACAGGUAAUAGCAGUCAAUGGGAAAUUCCCAGGCCCAGUUCUCAAUGUAACAACUAAUUACAACGUCGUUGUAAACGUCAAGAACAAACUAGACGAAAAUCUUCUCAUGACAUGGUCCGGAAUCCAGAUGCGUCGAUCUUCGUGGCAAGACGGUGUUCUCGGCACCAAUUGCCCGAUCCCACCGAAAUGGAACUGGACUUAUCAAUUCCAAGUCAAGGAUCAAAUCGGGAGCUUCUUUUACUACCCUUCGCUCGGCAUGCAAAGAUCGUCCGGUGGAUUCGGCCCUUUCAUCGUCAAUAAUCGGGACAUUAUUCCCAUUCCCUUCAAUACCCCCGAUGGCGAUAUCGUAAUUAUGAUCGGCGAUUGGUACACUCGCAACCAUACGGCUCUUCGAAAUGCACUCGAUGGUGGAAAAGAAUUAGGAAUGCCCGAUGGAGUUCUUAUUAACGGAAAAGGACCCUACAGAUAUAACAACUCUCUCGUACCCGAUGGAAUCGAGCACGAAACUAUAAAUGUUGAUCCGGGUAAAACGUACAGAAUUCGUGUGCACAAUGUAGGAGUAUCGACUAGUUUGAAUUUCCGAAUACAGGGCCACAAUUUGCUAUUGGCAGAGACAGAAGGCUACUACACGUCGCAGCAGAACUACACGAGCAUGGAUAUACACGUGGGCCAGUCGUACUCGUUUCUAGUCACAAUGGAUCAAAACGCAAGCACUGAUUAUUACAUAGUAGCGAGUGCUAGGUUUGUGAAUGAAUCUCUCUGGCAAAAGGUCACAGGCGUUGCUGUUUUACAUUACUCCAACUCGAAAGCGGGCCCCACAGGCCCGCUCCCUGACCCACCGAAUGAUAUUUACGACCGGUCUUAUUCGCUCAACCAGGCUAUGUCCAUUAGGCAGAACGUGAGUGCUAGUGGGGCCCGCCCUAACCCACAGGGCUCGUUCCACUACGGUUCGAUAAAUGUGACCGACGUGUAUAUGCUCAAGAGUGGUCCGCCUUUGACUAUUGACGGUAAAUUAAGAGCUACGUACAACGGAAUAUCCUUUGUCAAUCCCGAUACUCCCAUACGCCUUGCUGAUGUGUACAAAGUGAAGGGCGAUUAUAAGCUCGAUUUUCCAGAUACGCCCUCGGACAGGGCUGCCGUUGUGGAUAGAUCCGUCAUCAAUGCUACUUACAAAGGGUUCAUCGAAAUUAUAUUGCAGAACAAUGAUACUAUUGUGCAAACGUUUCACCUUGAUGGAUAUUCUUUCUUCGUAGUCGGGAUGGGCUAUGGUGAAUGGACGGAGAAAAACAGAGGAUCAUACAAUAGGUGGGACGCAAUAUCUCGUUCCACUGUUCAGGUUUUUCCGGGAGGAUGGACAGCUGUGUUUGUGUCUCUCGACAAUGUGGGUGCGUGGAAUCUUAGGACAGAAAAUCUUGAUAGGUGGUAUCUUGGACAGGAAACGUACAUGAGAAUUAUUAAUCCGGAAGAUUCUGGAAACAAAACGGAGUUGCCUGUGCCCGAUAAUGUUCUCUACUGCGGUGCCCUCAGCCACAUGCAAAAGCCGCAGAAAACUUCGUUAGCUUCGAGUCUGAAAGUAGACUCGCAUUUCUGUGUUGUUCUGGUAAUAGCGUUUCUUACAGCGAUGUUUCUCGCAUUUUAAGCUAAGGUAUAAUUAUAGUUUGGUGAAAUAUUUACAAUUGUUGGAAGAACUUCCUGAUAGAAAUCGUGUUAUUUUUACUUCGAUUUAGGAAAACUUUUUGUUUUGGGACUAUUGAAUUUGAUGAUAUACUUUGUUUGUGUGGAAUUGUCCAAAGUAUGUUCGUAGUGCGUGAUUGUAGGUGACUGUGUUGUUGCAUAUGUAACAUUCUUUGUGUGCCCAAAGAUGGGAUUCUUUAAUAUAAAUUUUCCUUUUUAAAUUUUA